AUGUUUGAUUCAACAGAUACUGACGAUGAAGAGGAAAAUAUUGUGAAUAUAUGUAGUGGCCGAAAAAGAAUAAGAUUACUCUCAGAUUCGGAAGAAAGUGAAGUAGAAAUAAAUGAACAAGAUAUUGCAAAUGAUGGAUCUGUUUGGCAAGUAGGUGUCACACCUGGAAAAGCACCACUUCAUAACAUUUUCAAGCAAGAAGUAGGCCCAACAGGAUAUGCAAAACGUUAUAUAAUGGAAGGUAAAGUUAUUACUGCAUUUUCAUUGACAAUUGAUCACCGUAUUAUGAACCAUAUAAGAACAUGCACAAUAGAAGAAGCAAAGAGAGUGUUAGGUUCUGAUUGGAGUUUAUCUAAAAAAAUUAGAUGCAUUUAUUGCAAUUUUAUAUGCUCGAGCUGCAUAUAG